UGCAAACACGGACCGAUUUCAUAGCUCCGGCCGAUCGUCGGUAUUUUCUACAUACCUGUGCGUGUAAAUGAAGCAAAGACUGCACGGUGUUUUGUUUUGAUGUGUGCGCACCUUGUUUGUGUGCACUACCGUGUGGAACGUAAAAUUUAAUUUUGUGCGCACCUGCGCUGAACGUCAGAGUGCGAAGUUUUCGAAUCUCAAACGCAUAUGCUUACUUUUCAUGCUUCAAAGGAAUCGACGUAAACAAAGUCGGGGACUUCAGAGAAAGUGGAUGUAUUUUACACAUUCGAAAGUUGCUUUGUGAAUGGAAGGAUGCAAUGUCCUACGUGGAAGAAGACGGUGAAAACUUGUGGUAUGGAAGGAGAUCUGAAAAAAUCAGGUUUCACAAGGCCCGCAGAUUCCGUGGAAAAAUGCACAAAAUGUUAAAUAUUUCUUCUCACAUUCAACUAUCGUUUAUCCCGGUGAACAUUUGUUGUUCAAACUACCCCAAAAGCUGUUCAUCUGACUCAGGAAUGUUUGUGUGAAAAAGUGUUUUCCAAAUUCUUUUGUUCCUUUGUACAUAACGUGCCAUUUUGUAUUGCCAAAGAAACAUUGUCGGAAAUUCCUCGGUAUACUUCAAGAUGUCUGAAGUUUACUGCUGACUGCAAAAAUGAUAAUAUGCCAAAAAAUAUUAUUUAUUUUAUAUUUCUUUAUACUAAUUUUAUACCCGUGUGUUGGAAAGAUCUGGAAAGAAGACGCAACAAAAGGAAGAAUAUGCAUUGGUACGACGGGACGAAUGUCUGUUCCAUCCAAUAGGGACCAUCAUUACCAGAAUCUAAGAGAUCGCUACUCCAACUGUACUUAUGUUGACGGAAAUCUUGAGUUAACAUGGUUGCAGGACGAGACUCUCGAUCUGAGUUUCCUAAAAGAGAUUCGGGAGGUGACUGGAUAUGUUCUCAUUUCUCACGUGGACGUGAAACGGAUCGUCCUGCCCAAGUUGAUGAUUAUUCGAGGAAGGAAUCUGUUCAAGCUCAAUGUACGGAACGAGAUGUUUGCGCUCAUGGUCACGCUUAGCAAGAUGGAAAAUUUGGAAUUGCCGUCCUUAAGAGAUAUUCUUGCCGGAAGUGUUGGUUUUUAUAAUAAUUACAAUCUCUGUCACAUACGAACUAUCAAAUGGGAGGAAAUUUUAACUGGACCUCAUGCGAAACCUGUCUAUGUUUACAAUUUCACUCAAGCAGAAAGAGAAUGUCCGCCUUGUGAUUCUUCUUGCGAAGCAGGUUGUUGGGGCCUCGGUCCUCACAACUGUCAGCAUUUUUCCAAGAUCAACUGUUCUCCUCAGUGCCACCAGGGAAGAUGCUUCGGUCCGAAUCCCCGUGAAUGCUGCCAUUUGUUUUGUGCUGGAGGAUGUACUGGACCCACACAAGCCGAUUGUUUGGCUUGCCGAAACUUCUAUGACGGAGGCGUCUGCAAGCAAGAGUGUCCGAAUAUGCUGAGGUACAAUCCGGCAACUUAUCAGUGGGAAAGUAAUCCAAAUGGGAAAUACGCAUAUGGUGCUACUUGUGUGAAAAAUUGCCCAGAUCAUCUCUUACGUGACAGUGGUGCCUGCGUGAGAACUUGUCCGGUGAAUAAAAAAGCUGAGAACCAUGAAUGCGUGGCCUGUGAUGGACCUUGUCCGAAAAACUGUGAAGGUGUGGAUGUUGUUCAUGCGGAUAAUGUGGAUUCCUUUAAAGGCUGUACGAUCAUUGAAGGUUCAAUAACUAUACUGGACACAUCAUUCGACGGUUUUCAAGAAGUGUAUUCAGAUUUCACUUUUGGUCCCCUCCAUCCCAAGAUGCAUCCGUCCAAAUUGGAGGUGUUCAGUACAUUAAAAGAAGUCACCGGUUACAUUAGUAUUCAAGCUUCUCAUCCAGAUUUCAAAAAUCUCACAUAUUUUAGAAAUUUAGAAUCCAUUGGCGGUCGCCAACUCACAGAAUACUUUGCUGCUUUAUACAUCGUCAAAACUUCUCUGCAGUCACUCAAUAUGCGAUCUUUGAAGAAAGUGAGCUCGGGAAGUGUAGCAAUUUUAGAGAAUGAAAAUCUCUGUUUUGCUGACACCAUUAAUUGGCAGUCCCUCAUGAAGUCAUCCUCUCAUAGUAUACUCCUUCAGAGCAACGCAAAUGCAACGCAAUGCCGUAAGCGAAAUUUAAUUUGCCAUUCCGAAUGUUCCGAAGACGGAUGCUGGGGUCCUAAAAGCAAUGAGUGUCUUUCUUGCAAAGCUUACAAACUGGAUGAUACCUGUGUGGCAAAGUGUGACAAAGCAAAUGGAAUAUAUGAUGCCGGUGCUAACCGCUGUGAAUACUGCCAUGAAGAAUGUUUAGGACAAUGUUCUGGGCCUGGAAAUGGCAACUGCACUGCGUGUCGCAAUGUGCGCGAUGGCCCCUAUUGUGUCAAUAAGUGUCCUGACACCAAAUACAAUGAUUUUGGAGAGUGUAAACCUUGUCAUCCAAAUUGUGUUGGAGGAUGCACUGGCCCGGAAAAUAAUAUCAGUCCAAAUGGCUGCAAAAGUUGUGAUAAAGCAAUUGUGAAUGCAUUUGAUCCUAACAUAGUUGAACAGUGUUUACGUUCUGAUGAGCCUUGUUCGGCAGGAUUUUAUGUAGAAUAUAUAGGACCGCAGGAAGAAGGAGCGUUGAAGUCUCUGACGGGAAAAUCGGUAUGUCGCAAGUGUCAUCAGUUAUGUAAGAAUUGCACCGCCUAUGGCAUUCACUACACUGUGUGCAAGUGCCUGCAUUAUUUAAGCGGUGAACAGUGCGAAGAACAAUGCCCACGAGAUCACUAUGCGGAUGAUGCGAACCAAGUUUGCAUUAAGUGUGCGGAUGAGUGCAGAGGAUGUACAGGACCCACCACAAUGGACUGCCUUGCUUGCCGAAACUUCAGAAUUUAUGAUGAAGUCAAUAAAACAUUGUUUAACUGCACAGCAUCUUGCCCAUCAGAUAAACCAUACAAAAUUUUUGUGGAUAAUGUCAGAGACCCUUAUUGCUCUUCAGAAGAUGCAAAUGCUGUUGCUCUUCAUGGAGUUGAAGAAGACCACAUUCCAGCCAUUUUGGGAGGUGUUAUGGGUUGCUUUAUCAUCCUGGGAAUUUUCAUGGCCGUUUUUAGUUACCAGUGGUUGCAAAGAGCUCGAACUAAGGAAAAUACAGUAAAGAUGACCAUGAGAAUGAGUGGAUUUGAAGACAACGAACCUUUAAAACCAACUAAUGUUAAACCUAAUCUGGCCAAACUAAUAAUAGUGAAAGAGGCUGAGCUUCGACGUGGUGGAAUUCUGGGAUACGGAGCAUUCGGAACAGUUUACAAAGGUGUAUGGGUACCUGAAGGAAAAAAUAUAAAGAUUCCCGUGGCAAUCAAAGUACUUCGUGAAGGCACUUGUCCAAGUGCAAGCAAAGAUUUUCUCGAGGAGGCAUAUAUCAUGGCCAGUGUGGAUCAUCCGAACCUGUUGAAACUUCUGGCCGUCUGCAUGGCUUCCCAGUCGAUGUUGGUUACUCAGCUGAUGCCUCUGGGAUGUCUGCUUGAUUAUGUGAGAAACAACAAGGAUAAAAUUGGUUCAAAACCGCUACUCAACUGGUGUGCUCAAAUAGCUAGAGGUAUGGCUCAUCUUGAAGAACGUCGUAUGGUUCAUAGAGAUCUGGCUUUGAGAAAUGUGCUUCUUCAAACUCCUGGUUGCAUUAAAAUAACAGAUUUUGGCUUGGCAAAACUGUUAGAUAUCAAUGAAGAACAAUAUAAAGCCGCUGGUGGGAAAAUGCCAAUCAAGUGGCUGGCUCUGGAAUGCAUUCAACAUCGCAUAUUCACUCACAAAAGCGAUGUUUGGGCAUUUGGUGUGACUGUUUGGGAAUUAUUGACGUACGGCGGAAGACCCUAUGAAAAUGUCCCUGCCAGGGAAGUACCUGAUUUGCUAGAAAAAGGAGAACGUCUUCCACAGCCUUCUAUUUGCACCAUCGAUGUUUAUAUGAUCAUGAUAAAAUGCUGGAUGCUGGACGCCGAAUCCCGACCAUCUUUCAAGGAGCUGGCGGACGAGUUUGCGAAAAUGGCGCGGGAUCCGGGAAGGUUCCUGGUGAUCCCCGGAGACAAGCUAAUGCGUCUGCCCAGUUACACCCCUCAGGACGAGAAAGAGAUGAUUCGCACCCUUAGUAUGCCCAUCGAAGGGAACGAGGAAAUCAUGGACGCCGAGGAGUACUUGCAGCCGAAAUUGGAUCAAAUGGGAUCGGAUUCUCCACCACCACCCACUCCCAUUAAGAAAUUCAUGGAAGAUCGAGGUUUCGAUGGCGAUUCUUUGAACAGCUCCGCCAAUAAUUCGGGCGAAAUGAAUCCGAAUCACAGCAACCUGAAAUGCAAUUGCCCUGAAAGCUGUGGAUUGAGCCACAUUUGUCAUAACAGAGAUAACAGGGACACCAGUCUCAGUACAAGAUACUGUUCCGAUCCUUUGACAUCUCUGGAAAGAGAUGCAGAUAGAGAUCUCUUCAUGCAUCCGAACGGUGCAUCCCUUAUGCAUCCGAAGGAGAUCAAACUGGAUUUGCCCGUGGAUCAAGAAGAUUAUUUAGUUCCUUCCCCUCGCUCGUGUACUUCCACUGGAUACAUGGAUCUGGUAGGAGAUGCCAAAACUUCAGUGCCACCAUUUGUUGGGAAUUUCCUUCCUGUUACAACUUUACCUCACCAAGCAGUGGACAAUUUAGAGUAUCAUCUCAUGAAACACAAUCCUAACAUCCCUUCAGAUGUGCCUCCAACUCACCAGAAGAAAUCCAACAGUAGUGAUGAGGACACUGAUGAACAUGACUAUUAUAAUGACUACGAUGGACUUCAAAGAGAACUGCAACCUCUGAAUAAUCAUCGAAAUGAAACAACUGUAUGAUAGUUAUAAUAACGGUUUAUGAACGGACAAUGUGUCUGGAAAACUAGACAAGGUUACACUACUGCAUCAUUGUGUACAGUGUGACCAUUAGCAGUUACAAUGAAUAAUUGUAAACGAUAUUUUAAAUCAAUCAUCUUUGUUGGAGUGACUACUUACUAUCCCAUAUAGUAACAACCUAUUACAUAAUAUUGUACAGUAUUGUUCAACAAUUUUCAACAAUAUUAUUCAGUAUUGCAAAUAUUGUUUAAUAUCAUACAAUAUUGUACAAUAUAUGUGGGUUACUAGGGAUCUAACAGUUUGUUACAGAAGUAGUGUAUACAAAUUCGUCAUAUUCAUACAGGUCGAUUUCAUGUGCACACGACAUGCUACAGUGAGAGAGAAAACUGUGUUCUCAGUGCUUCCAUUUCAUACAGAAAACUUUUAGAGUGUCUUCCAACUGGAAUUUUUUUUGAAACUUUCCAAAGCAUUAUCUUUUUUUUAGUAUUGGGUGGAACCCAGCAGAUUGAGCCGUCUGUGAUAUAUGUCAGUGUUUUUUCCCAUAUUGAUAAUCAUCACCAUUUAGUAAGUGUUAUUAUGAAAAUUAGCAAUGCAGCCUUUUGUGGAGUAACAACAACAAUUUCCUGUUUCAGUGAAUAUUUUGAAAAUGUUGAUGGGACUGUGUGAUUAUUGAAUAUAAAUUAUUUUAUGAACUCUUUUUCCUUUGAUAGAAAAUAUAUAUUGUUUGUAAAAACAUAGUAGAAGUACAAAACAAAGUAACCUUUAUAAACUCUGUAUAUUCAUAUAUAUAUAUAUAUUAAUAUGUUUUCUCUUUUUUCAUAAAAGAGAAUAGUGCUUUUUGAACGCUGUAUUUCAAAAGUUUUUACUAUUUCCUAGCAUUCCUGAAACAUAUUUUCACUUACUGCCCCUGGAAUUAGUUGCUUUAUUUUUUUUAAAAAGUAAUUAAUUUUAAAAGUAAUUAUCUAAUGUUUGCAUUUGUAGAUAUGUGAAUCAUAUGUUUUAAUUUAAAACUUGCUCAGAUUUGAAAAAUGAUUUGAAUUUCAAUUUUCGGAAAUUUAUUGGUUUCGUUAAGUCUUAUAGUAAUAAAUAUAAUUGUCCCAAAAAUGUUUACAAAAAUUUAAAAAAAAAAUAUGAAUGAGUUUUAAUGAGAUAUUUUUGUAUUCAAAAGUUUAAAAAUAAUUUUAAUUAUUACUUUUCACUUUUAUUCACUGGUUAUCUUUAUGAAAAUAAAAUUGCCGGAAUAAAAUAAAUUUUAAACUUUUUUCUUUUUUUCUGUGAGCUAAAAAUACAGUUAACCUGUUACAUAAAAAACUUACAAAAAAAACAAAAACGCUUUCUUGUUUUCUGGCAUUAUUGUUAGAAGUUUUUAUUCCAUGAUCCCUUUUGAAUAAAAGAACAAAAUAUAAAAAAAAUGUUUUAUGAUUUGAAUGAAAAUUUUAAAAUUUAGGUAAUUUAGUUUUUUUCCUUGCAUAAAUUUUCUUCGUUAUUUGAAAUACACAUGUAAUAUUCUUAUGCCAAAUUGUCUUAUAAAACUCCAAUUUAAAUCUUCAUUUUUAAAGAAUACAGCUGGAUUCGCAGCUAUUCGACAUUAUGUGGCAAAUUGGUAGGUAUUAAAAAAAGGUAGGUCUUUUGGAUAAUCCAGAAUUUUAUAAAUACUCACUUUCUACCCAACCCAUUUUAAAUGAGAAUCCCCUGCCCUUUUUAUACCAAUACUUGUUCUGUAUUCUGAGUUCUUACUGCAGGCCAGUACUUUAUAAAUGUUUGCUUUAUAAAGCUUUGCACAUUUUUAAAUUUAUAAUGGAAAUAAAAUUUACAGGAAUAAAAAUGUUGCAUACAUUUUAAAAUAAAUUUUAUCGUACUAAAACUAUCGUACGUAUCCUCAAUAGAUUUUUUAAAUGCUUUUUGUCUUCAUUUAUAAUUUAUGUUACUUAAAUAUCAUUGUUUGUAUACUAAUUAUAAUUUACGGAUUUAAAUUUAUGUACAUUAUUUAUUUUUAAUGACUAUAAUUAUUAAUUAUUUUUCUUGUAAAAGAUUUAAUAAGUGAAAAUUACCUACUAAGUAAAAACUAAUAAUUGCCAUAAUUUUAUUGUAUUAUUCGAUAUUACAAUAUCAAUAUCAAAAAUCCUUUUGCAGGAUUACAAGAGUUAUAUUAAUAUUUGUUAUAUUGUAAUUCUAAGCGAUAUCUGUAUUAGUGUUUUUUAAAUUCCGUUCCUUUUGGAUGCUGAAAAUAUUUGCUCUUGUAAAAUAUUGAUAAUGAAAAAAUACUACAAAAGGAUUGUUUGUAGUUAUAAGUCAUGUAUAUUAUGAGUACGAAACUUAACAACAGAAAGCCGAAAACAGUGGUUAUAGGUAUUAAACAAAAAUGUUCUUGGAAUUCUGGUGGCAUAUAUUUUACCAGCUUUCUUGUACAUGCUCAUUUUAUGUAUAGCUACAUUUCAUAUUUAAUGAUCUAAAUGACCAUUAAUAUGUGUAAGCUCUAAUUAAAAACUGUACCUGUGUCUCAUAUGUUCCUAACACCAAAUAUGUGGUUCAUAAUUCUGUACUCUUGUGUAACUGAUAUUUUUUAGUGUUUUAUUUGAAGAAUAAUGAUGGUUUAUACAUUUUUUUCACUGGAAAAACAUUUUGUCUACAUGUUUUAAAUGCAAAUCAUGAUGAAACUCAAUUUUCUGAUCAGAAAAUAUUUUUUAGUAAGCUAUAUUUUUGAAGUAAAGGAAAGUGAUUAAUUUUUUUUUCUAUUAUAUUGUAUUUUUUUGUUCUUAUUUUGUCCAAAUUCGCCUUAUUUACUGAAAUGUGUAGAUAUAUUCAAACCACUUGAUUAGCCAUGUGAUGUUUAUCCAGGCAAUAAAUUUCUAUAGAAAUGUAUUAUCUGGGAAAACAUUUUCUUCGCUAAUAAUUUAAUUAGGAUAAUAUCUAUGUAAUAAAUACAAAUCCAUAUUUCAAAUAUUAGUAAAUUAAUCCAUUUGCCUUUUUUUAUUGUUUUUAAAGAAAAAAGAUCUAAAUUUUGAGUAACGAUUUUUUUUUUAUAAAAUUUCAUUAUCUGUUUAAAUUUUUAGUACAAAUAAAAAGAGAAGUAGCAAUGGCAAUUAAGUAUAGUAUCAAACAAUUAAAAUAUUACCUUUUUCACUUUUUAGUUUCAUUUGAUUUUAAACUGUUGAAAAAAAGUAUUAUACUGCCCUUAAUAUUUGCUAUUGAAGCAUUGGUAUCUUCUUGUCUAUUUUUUCAAGGUGGACAGCUUUAUAUGUGGUACACAUAUUAAUAACGACAUAUUAAUAAUAGAAUUUACAUAGAAUUUAAUUAAUACACAUAUUAAUAAUAGAAUUUUUAUAGCAGAGGAAAUAUAUUUGAUUAUAAUUAAAUCAUAUUUUCGAUGACGAUGCAAAACUUUUUGUAAUAUUUUUGUCAAUUGAUUCCUUAUGUGAUGUGAAGCUAAAUAUUAAAUGGAAUAUUGGUAGAUAGAAUUAAAUAUCCUUACGCAAACUUUGCAAAUGCAGUACAAUUUUUCUUACAUUUGCUAUAUUCUGUUUUAUACUGUAUUCAACGAAAAUUAAUUACCUGUUGUUAUCAGCAUUUGUUCAACAGUAUAGAUGUAUUAAUAAUUGAUUUAACAAUCUUUAUUUGUGAUGAAUCGUUUGGUAAAGCAUAUGAUAUCAUUAAAAGUUUUUUUUUUUUCAUCUGCGAGUCUAAAAUAUUUUUCGUUGUGUUUAACAUUUCAUUUAAUUUAAAGCAGUAUUAUAUUCAGUUCUAGUUAACAUUAACGAUCUUGCAAUUACAUUCGUUGCUUUUUAUGUUUAUUAAUGCUGGGAAAAUUAUUAAAAUUAACAAUAUUUUAAAUCGUGUAGAAUUUCUUUUUGAUUAGCUUUGUAAUUUUAGCCGUGAAAUUUAUCGAAAAAUGGCAUGUCUUCGAUACAUCAUAUUUGUUUUCUACCAAGAAGCAUUUUUUUUAAAAAAAGAAUUUUGUGGCUUUGCAUUUUUUUUUUGUUUCUAUGCACGUUUUACGAACUUUUGUAUCAUUUUCCCCCCGAUUAUUUGUAUAAAUUUUAGAAAUAUACAUAACAUGUUUUGCAUUCGUUACCUAACACUUCGAAAUCACUCUUCUUGUAUAUAACUCACAUGUUUCCAUAUAAAGAAUUUGUACAUCUUUUUAAUUAUUAUUAUUAUUAUUAUUUAGAUUGUUAUGUAGUUGAUUCCUAGGGAUCUCAACCAGUUACAUUCCAGAUUUACACUCUUAAAAAUAAAGUAGUACGUGGUAUGAUAAGAAAUAAAAAUUAUUUGUAUAUUAUUUUUUGAAAAAUUCAUCUGUGAUUAAUUGUGUACUUAAAUAUAUUUUAUAUAAAAUGUUGGAUUUCCACACUGUUCUUCAAAAAUUCUUAUUCAAUAUAAGUAUAAAUUUUUAAUUAGGUAUUCAGCAUUAUGACCAAAGAUGGGGGAUUUAUAUUACACAGUUAGACUGUUUAAUUCACAGUUUGUUAAUACAUUCGUGUAAAUGUUCCAGUGAUGAUGAUAAUGUCUAAUAUGCCAGUGCCUUGUUGAUUGUAAAU